GCCUCGUGCGCAAGCCAAAACGGAGCACUACGCUGCCAAAUCACCAUUUUAUUGCUGUGCAUGAAUCGCGACCAUCUCUGACACUCUGAUUCUGAGAGGAACACGUCACAUAAUGAAGCUUUCAGCUACCUUCACUGCCAUUGGGGCUCUGGCAUCGACAGCCCUCGCCGCAGAUUCGACGUCCCCGACAAUCUACAAGGACUCCAACAAAUACUCCUAUCUGGGCUGUUACAACGAAACGACAGGAAUUGCGGAUUCCACCGGCGAGCGCGCACUGUCCCAUGGCAUCAGCGAAGUUAAACCAGGCGAGAUGACGGUACCCAUGUGUCUAUCGCUCUGUGGCGACGGUAGCACCAAAUAUCUCUACGCUGGACUCGAGUUUGCGCGCGAAUGCUGGUGCUCCAACACACUUUCCGGUAUCUCGACAAAGUUUGAAGACAGCCAAUGCAAUCUGGCCUGCGACGGCAACAAGACCAUGACAUGUGGUGGCGCUCUUAAGCUCACUGUAUAUAAGACAUCAGCAGCGUCGCCGUCUUUACAGCCUGCUUCCAUGUUACUGGCUGUGGCUGGCGUUGUAAUGGCAUGUCUCCUGUAAAAAUAUGCCCCUUGAGCCGACCAAGAUGACGAAGUUAUGACUGUUCCAAAACCAUGCAUUUGACUCUAGCAUAGCGCGCAAGUAGAUAGAUACUAUAGAAAUGUACAAAUCGUGUCUCAUGAUUUCAUAAACGGCUAACCAUACACAAACCCAGCCGAGCCCGGUAUACUCCAAAAUUCAUCCCAUGGUAUCAAAUCCUACAAGUUCAAAGCUCCAAGUCCCCUCUGCUUCAUGGCGUUCUUCAGUGCAUUACGGAUGGACCUCAGGGAAGCUCUCCACGCCUCUUUGCCCAUGUUUGCUGUCGCUUGGUCGACUAUCACAUUCAACCACUUUACCAAGCUCGAUGCUUUCUCCAUGUCUCUCUCCUCUUGCACGACGCGCACGAGGUACUUUUCAAAUACGUCAACAUCGCCCUUGUGUGGUCCAUCGUCCUUUGUCUCCGCAUGCCAUGCUUCAAUCAUGUCCUUGACUUCCUGCGUUGUAGAAAUGCCAGAGCUGGCAAAUGUGACUUUAGAGGGCGCUGCGGGAAACUCAAUCUUUUGCUGGCCUCCGGUUCUAGGCUCAACAUUCUCUGUUGGUCGUUUCAGAGGAGCAUUAAGGCCCGAACGCUGUGCAAGCAUACGGCGCCGGUGAUCGGCAAUGACUUCCUUACGCACAUCCUCCGGCAAUUCGGCUAAGAAUUCGGGAUCGAUUUCCUCUAGUUCUUCUUCUGGGGGUUCGUCAUUGUUUGGGGCCGCGCUGGCAAAGCUAGUCUGCACAACACCAGCCCGAGCAUCGUCUUGUCGCCGUGCUUUUCCAAACAACCCUCGGAUACCGCCUCGUUUGGACGGACUAGGCGGUUUCUUGGGGACGGCUGGUUUAGGUCGAAUAGGUGACUGUGCAUAUAAGUGAGACUGUGGGUGACGGCCAUAUGAUGCAAGAACCUCUGCUUUCAUGUCAUCGGGCAGAGCAUUAAAGACUUCAGGGUCUACUUGCGACGGUAAUGCUUCAGGAGCAGGGGACUCUGGUCGAGAUCUUGCAAGCGGCGACUCUGAUCUUGGUGUUCCUGAUUUCGGCCGCUGUCCCAUUAAUUUGCUUCGGAUAUCGUUUGGUAGCUCUGCAAGAACGCUUGGGUCGACGUUAUUCGGGAUGAUAAACUGGGUUCCGCUGAUAUUUAGGGGGCUGUUUGCCUUUUUAUCCUUCUCCCCAGCUCGCGCAAGCGCCAUUGCUGGGUGAACUUUGGCCUUCCGCGGUGUCAAAGGGUCGUCCGCAAUCGGGUCAUUUUCACGGUAAGCCUUCUCGGCAGAUCGAGGUUUCGUUGGGGAUUCAAUAUCGUCAAUAUCUUCUUGACGGGCGCGCCGUGGCUCCGAAGGACCAGCAACCACACCAAAGCUGAGCCGCUUCUGGCUGCCAUCAGUUUUCAAGGUGCCUGCUUUUAUCGGUUCAAGCUUGGUCAUUUGCACACCGAGACCACGGAGAUCGCCAACAUUGAACCGGUACGAUCGAAGCACCGAGACUGCUUCUUUACCAAUAAUCUCAUAAUUGUUUGUUGCUACGCCAAACGUAAUGCUUUUGUUGAAAGUGUCACAUUUCCCAUGUCCAAGAUGCUUCGCUGGGUCAAGAGGCGCAUCAAGCGCCCGUCUCAUAAUCUUGACUGUGAGAUUUGUGCCCUUGACUUGUUCGUUCAGCAGACGCUUUUCUAGUUCUUUGCAAAGAUUGAAAACAAAUUCCUCGGCUUCGGCUUGAUGGAUAAACCGAAUACCCCAGCUGACCUCUGCAGACACAGACUUUCGCGGCGGCUGUGGCCCAACUUCAGCAUGGUCGAUUCCCUUGGCGUAGUCUGCUAGCUUCUCGCCCGUCUUGGGGCCAAGCGAUGCAACCAAUCUCUCUUUGGUUGUUUCUCUAAUAUGCUUGACCAGGGUUAUACCGAGCUCUUCGAGCUUGCUGCGCAGAUUGUACGAAACGCCCGGCAGCUGAUCCACCUUGAGUUCGCCAAUAACAUCAAGGACCUCUUCUGGUUUCAUCAGAUAUUGGCCAGCUGGCUUGGCGCGCCGCAAUGCUAUUUUUGCAUGUAGGAUAUUGCUGCCGAUACCAACAGAAACCUCGCAGCCAGCAUUUUCCUUGAUUUUCCUGCGAAGAUCCAAGGCUAGUUCCUCUGCCUUUUCUUGUUCCGAGCGUAUGCUGCUCUCACGGAUAGUUGUGCCUUGAGAGCCCAAUCCGUUCAAAAUAACAUCGGUAGCAUCGAUGAGGGCCUCAUCUAUACUGACGCUUUGGACAAUGCCACCUACCUCCAUGAUGGCCUCAUAGAAUAGGCGACUGGCAUUCUCAUAUGCCGGGAAGUCAUAUGGUAUCACCUUGAGAUCUGGGCACAUUUCCAUGGCCCGCUUCAUCCACAUGCCAUUCUUGAUACCGAAUUCGCGCGCGGGGUAGUUGCAGCUCGCAAUUUCCGAGCUAGAGCCAGAUCCAUGGGCGACAACUGUAGGUAGGGUAGUGUAUUCGGGGUAUUUCUUAAGCGAAACGGCGCAGAAGAAGCUGUCAAAGUCGACAUGCAUGAUGUACUUGCGCGAUCCAGGCUUAGACUUGGACUUCCUUUCAGUUAAGCCCUUUUCUGUAGCCAGCUUUUGCAUAGAUGACUUGAGUUCCGCUUUCCAUGUAGAGAGAUGAUGUAGUCGACUCUCUGCAUAAAACUUUUGUAGAAAAUUAGGAUUUUGACACGACGCCUCUCGCAGCUUUGGGUCUGAAAGUACCCAGGCAUUGUGCUCCUCAGACGUCAUUUCACCAACGGGUUUGCUUGGCGGCGGCGGGAUGCCUUGAGCGGCAGGGGGGUCUGGGGCCUCAGUUUUUACCACAUCUCCAUCAACGGCAUCUGAACCUUGAUCAUUUGUGCCUGAAAGACUUGUAUCUGGGUCGGUGUCUUUUGCUGCGCUUGUAUUUCCGGCUUGCUGUACGACUUGGCUCCAUCUCUGACUCUCGGGACCGGCACCUUUGAGCUGAGAAGUAUAGAAGCUAUUGUCGAUCUGCUCGCUGUAUCCUUUCUUAGCAACAGGGCUAGCCUGAGUUAAACCCUUUGAGCCAUCGAAUUUCAGCACUUUUUGUCGAGGGCCUUCGUCCAAGACUCGAUACUCGCCCCAUGGCAGCAACUUCCCAGCCGCAAUAGAAUCGGUGAUCCAUGCCGGCUUGACAAUUCUAUAUCUGCUGAAAUCCACCGUUUUUUUCGGCGGCAGAGUCGACGCAAUGAUGUGGGUUGCCAUGGUCUUGGAGUCCAAGUAUUGCAAAAAGCCGCCGCCAUGCUCAACGAUUUGGCGAUGUA